GCGGAUACGUAAACUCAAAUCGGACAAAUACACAUGGUUAGCGGAUGUUAUUGCGAGUGGAGCGAAAUGCUGAAUAAAGAGCAGUGAUACUAUCAGGAACUGUGUACGGGUUCCUCCUUUUUUCACUGUUUCCAAAACUAAAAUAUGUUACGAACAGAGUGGACAAUGUUUUUUUUUAGAAAAACAUUCGUUCUUUAGAAGGAGUGCAAGUGCGAAUUGAUUAUACACGUUCACUAUAGAGUCGUUUACUAACGGAAAUACGCAAAUAUAUGCUAGAACGCGCCAAUAGGCUCUCGCUAGCUCGUGUUUGGCUCCGCCCACCUCGUUGUUUGUUCUAACCACUAGGAGUCAUUGGCUGACGUUGGAAACUACAGACGGUGGUCUAUAUUUUGGUACGCUAGCAGUACAAGAAACAAAACCAACAACUGCGCUGUAGCAGUACAGUGACGUGUUUUAUUAAGACUGCUGUGGCUCAAACUAUUGAUAUUUUGAAUCAGAAAAAAUGAAGUUGUCUAAUCUGUGGGUUUACUGAAUCCGGUGAGAAUUCCCUGUGUACAGAGUUACUGCAAAUUAUGUAUUGGUAACUGGGAUCAGGAUGACCAAAGUAACCUUAACAGAUAUGCUUCCAGUGCAGAGACCUACACCCCAAUACCUGUACUAAACACAAACACCAAGUUUGAUGAAAUUGAAAAAAGUAAGACUGGAUUGCAAAACGGAUGACACUGGAUCUGGAAACAUAGUCAUAUACUGAGGAAAUACUCAGCAAACAUAUGCUGAGAAAUCAGCACCUGGUUAACAAGAAAAAGAAGAAGAUGAGUGGGACCAAGAAGACAUGCAAACAAGAAACCCAGUCACCAGCUCCCUCUUCCAGUGGACAGGCUGUGGAAAAACAGAACUUGAAGGAGUUUCAGGAUCCAGAGCCAGAGAAGACACAGGAACUGUAUGCUCAAAUGGAUUACAUCCUGGAUAGGGUAAAUCAAAACAACUUCCAGCAAUCGAUGUUGGCAAUUACUGAGUUCACCAUUAACACAGAGGCCAGACUGAAGGGCAUCAUUCACCUCAUAUAUGAGAGGGCCCUGGCACAUCCUACCAGGUCUGUGACCUAUGCCAACAUCUGCCACUGCCUCAUGGGGCUUAGAGUACCCACCGCUGCCAAACCAGGAGUGACAGUAAAUUUCCGCACGCUGUUUCUGAACCGAGUCCAAGCAAACUUUGAGAACAUGGCGAGAAACAGUUGCGAAAUCUUCCGGCAAAAACAGGAGAUGGUGGAUGCCAUCACCAAGGAGGAGGAGCGCCAGCGAGUGUGGGAGGAGCUGGAGGAGGCCAAGACCGAGGAGCGGAGGCAGUCGCUAGGCAAUAUCAAGUUAAUGUGUGAGUUGUUCAAGUUGAAGAUGCUGACUGAGCACGUCAUGCACGACGUCAUCGUACAGCUGCUGAAGAACCAAGAUGAUAACUCUCUGGAGGGUCUCUGCACAUUACUCUACACCAUCGGCAAGGACUUGGACUUUAAGAAGGCCAGGCCCAGAAUGGAUCAGUACUACAACAUGAUUGUGAAGAUUAUGAAGAAUAGGACAAUCUCCCCCAGAAUCACAAGCAUGCUGCAGGAUGUGCUGGACCUCCGAAAGAAAGAAACGGCCCAGCUUGGUGAGUUGGUGGAAAAGAUGGAGAAGACCGGGCUGCAAGCUGACAAUGAUGCUGAGAAACACACGGGACCUGGAGACACAGAACCUGUUUUGCGUCCUCACUAUAAGUCAUUAGCCAUGAAGAAUCAGAAGCUGAUCAGCACAUCUAUACCACUACAGGAGAACACAUGUCCUCAUCAUGAUGAUAAGCUGAAAGCUGAAGACUCAGCUGCUGCUUCGGGGGCUACCAAAAAGAAAAAGGUGAAUGUGCAGUUGAAGACAUGCCAACAGAUAAUCCAGGAGAGAGAGGAGGAACUACAGAAACUGAGACAGGAAGUAGAGUCUCUAAAGUGCUUAUCACAGGCUACAAUAGAGGACAGUGAGAGGUUCUUCACCAAGCUGAUUGAGACAAGGUGCUCAGAGGUGAGAGAGGUGAUCCAAGCUAAAGAGAAGGAGAUGGUGAGUGAGGCUGAGGGACUCCUACAGACACUGGAGCAGGAGCUUGAUGAGCUGAAGAGAACCGAAACAGAGGGUAGACAGCUUCCACACAUAGAGGUCUACCCCCAUUUCCUACAGAAAUUGCCCAGCAUCACUGAGGCUUUUGAAGAAGUGAGGACAUGUGCCUCUGAAAUGCAAAAGCAAUUUGAAGAUUCCUCCAAGUUGCAAUUUGUGGAGUUUUCUAAAUCAGUUGAAGAAAGUCUGGGACCAUACACUAUCAGUUCUCUUAGCACUAGCAGACAGGCAGUGGAAGAAAAGGACUUGCAGGACCUUGUGGACCUAGAGACAGUGAAGACAGAGGAAAUGUAUGAACAAAUGGAUAACAUCCUGACCAGCCUGACUCCCAAGAACUUCCAUCAGUCAAUGAAGGUAGUGAGUGCAUUCACCAUUGACACAGAGGACAAACUCCAGGGCAUCAUUGACUCUAUAUAUGAGAGGGCCAUCUUAAACCCUACCAGCGCUGAGGUCUAUGCAAAGGUGUGCAACCAACUCAAGGGGCUCAAAAUACCUGGAGUGACAGUAAAUUUCCGCAAGCUGCUGCUGAACCAAUGCCAGAAGGGCUUUGAGAAGGAUAAUAGAAAGAUCUUAAAAGAAAAGCAGAGGGAACUCGACACCACCACUGAGGAGGAGGACCGUCAGCGACUGAGGGAGGAGCUGGAGGAGGCUAAGGCAGAGGGGCAGCGGGAGUUGCUAUGCAACAUCACAUUCAUCUGCCAUUUGUUCAAGUUGAAGAUGAUGACUGAGGGCCUCAUAGACUACUGCAUCGUAAAGCUAAUAAAGGAUGGAGAUGAUGAUUCGCUAGAGGGUCUGUGCACAAUACUCUUCACCAUUGGCAAAGACUUGGACUCUGAGAAGAACCAGCCCAGAAUGGAUGAACACUACACCCAGAUUAAUCUGAUACAGGAGAGAAGGAGGACCUCGCCCCGAAUUCGCUAUAUGCUUCAAGAUGUGCUGGACCGCAGAACGCUCCAUUUGUACAAGGGCCAAAAGGAAGACCAUUGAAGACCAGGACCAUGUGUUUUUACAAUUCCUCUGUCCUGUGUCUGUGUUAUUUUGCCCAUCUUAAUCUGUUUUCUUUUAAUUGGCCAGUCUGAGAUAUGGCUUUUUCAUUGCAACUCUGCCUAGAAGGCCAGCAUCCCUGAGU